CAAAACAAAAGAUAUCGAAUUUGAAAUUACCAGACCUGAUUAAACAAGAACAUUUUGCGAUAGAUUAUUCUUCUUGUACUAGCAUAUCGGCGAUAGUAAUGACAGACAAAUCAACGAAGGAUCUCGUGGAUGACGAUGUCACGUCAGAAUUCUCAUAUGUUAAGUCUGAUGCAUUAAACUUUCCUGAUAAGAAUGCUAUUGAACAACAACUGAGAUUAUUAAGAGGCACUGAGCCAUUGACAUUAAGUUCUAUUAGAUCUAAUGAUCCAAUUGUCAAACCACAUUUGGAACCACUCUCUAGUCUGACUAGUCCUCCAGAACCACCGCUUCAUUCUCCUCAAUUCUCUAUUUUUGCUCCACCUAAAGGAUCAGCAUUAUCUGAUGGUAAUUAUCGAGAAUCGUAUAUGUCACAAAUUUCUCAGUACUCAGGAGUACCCAGUGAUCAUGCCAUUCCUGUGACAAUUAAGAGGCACGAUAGUUCAAAGGAUAGGGAAAAGAGUAAGUUAGUAUAUAUCAGCCCAGAAGAAGAGCUAAAACAGAAACAGCAACAGAAACAAGAACAGGAACAAAAGCAGCUAGUAGAACAGGAAGAACAAGAACAUGAAACUGCCACAGCUAGUGAAAUAUCUGAAAUUGACUCGGAAAAUAUCAAACUCGGUAAGCUUCCCACCAUUAGAGGUGACAAAUCCUCCUCUUCAGCUUCUGAAUUACUUACUCCUACCAGAGACACAUCCAAAUUAACUCCUGAUGCUAGUUAUAACACUACCAUUGAAGGUUCUGUACCUCCUAGAUCACCCAGAAGGCCCAAAUCAGAAAUCUUAAGUUCCAUCCAUCAACAAGAAUUAGCCAAAGAAAUUGCUAAUUUCAAUAAGAAUAAGCUCCCCGCUCAUCAAAAGAGUAAUUCUGCUCAUAUCACUGACGAUUUAGAUGAACUUAUGAAGAACAUUAGACGUCAAUCAACUACGUUAUCAGACCCUUCGGGCGAUACUGAACCUGAACCAAUUGAUGUGGAUGAUGUGGGUUCUAUGGUAUCGUCUACUUCCAAUAUUUUGAAUAAUGAAUCCACCAUAAAAGGUACAUCAUCUGCAGAAGGAGUAGUACCUACAGAUUUACCUAAAGUUCGGUCAUUACCUCCACGUCCAUCCAUGGAAAAUAUCCUGAGAGCUAGAGAAGUUUCAGAAACUGUUAGAAAUCAACAACCAUCGAAUGAAAAUGAUGAUGACUUCUAUGAUAUUGGGCCUGUAGAAGUUGUUCAUCGACCAUCACGAGUUAAAUCGGUUAAGGAUUCUACUAAUACACAUCAUCAUGCUAAGAAAUCCAAAUCAGCCAAGAAGAAAAAGAAUUCUACUACAUCAUCUGAUUUAAAACCUUUUAGUUAUCAUACAUUAAUUAAUUUACUUGAAAGUAUGAAUGGUACAAUUAUAGGAGAAGAAUUUAGUCAAUUGAAUUUACCUAUUAAAGAGAAACAAUUAAUUGAAAAGAUUAUAGAUUCAUUAUCUAGAUUAACUCUGGAUAUGGUUAUUGAUAAAAGUCGGUAUGAUAUUGGGAUUCAAAGAUUAGAGAAAGCCUUACGAGUAUUAGAAGGAUUUUUAUAAUUUUUAUAAUUUAGUUGA